AAUUCAAGCCAUGUCAUUAUGUCACCACGAGAAUGUUGUGACAUACUACACCUCCUUUGUGGUGAAGAGGCUGUGGCUGGUCCUUAAGCUGCUGGGUGGAGGCUCACUGCUGGACAUCAUCAAACACAGAAUGAAAACAUCAGACUGUAAGCACGGUGUGUUUGACGAAGCAGUGAUCGCUACAGCACUACGCGAGGUACUGAAGGGCCUUGAAUACUUCCACAAUAAUGGUCAGAUACACAGGUAACUUAACCACUUAUUAAGUACACUGUUGUACAG